CAACAUUCAAUGGUUCUUUAGAAUUUACAACUACCUUAAACCAUGGUUGUACAACAAUCAAGAAUCUGGACGUACCAAGCACUGUUCUUUUAAACGGAAAAAGUUACCAAAGGAUAGCAGAUGAACCUAUUCAUAGCGAUAUUCAUGAUUUGCUUAAUAAUGUUUCCUUGGAAGAGAAUUCUCGUUCAGAAGCUAUGGCACAAACGAAUUAUGUUGAACACACGGAGAAAAACCAGGAUGAAUCAAUGUUCGAUAAUCAGGUAUCACCACAAGAGCAAUCUGUAGUGUCUCUAGACCGAUAUAAUGAACAAAUUGAUUCUCAAGAUAAUCAGCAAGUUGUGAAUUUUCGAGAAAAUAUCCACAAGGAUCAACAAGGAAGCUCAUCACAAAUUAAUGACUCUGAGAAUGAGAUUAUUGAUGAUAAUAGUAAAUCAUCGAAAGAACAGUCUGAUGAUUCACUGCCCCUGGAAAAGAACAGUAAACCUUUGCAUGUUGAGAAAUUGUGCACCUCAUCAUCUGAAGCUAACUCUGAUGAAGAUGAAUCAACGUCAUCAGAUACAAAUGAUAUAACCGAAGAAAUGCAAAUAAGCACUACUAUUAAUGAAAUUGAAAAAAAUAAGGCACAACUCUUAAAAAAUAACUUUGAAAUUGAACAAAAAAAUCAAUUAAUAGUGUAUGCCAAUAAACUUUUUUUAAAGAACAAAUCAAUAGAAGAUCUUUUGAUUACAAAUUUUAGUCACCUUUUUAAUGAUAUCAAUGUUAUUAAUUUUUCUUUUCCACCAUUACCUUCUUAUUCACUCAAUAUGGAAUUAUUGGAGAAUUAUUUUAAAGAAUGGGCUUCACAGUAUGGUCAACUUAAGUCUACAAAGAUAGAAGGUGUAUACUUAACAUUGCUUGUAAUGCUGGCAGAAGAGUAUAAACAAGAUAAGAAUAAGUAUCCAACUCACAAAACCUUGUGUGGUUUUGUGAAAGAAAAGGUCAAAUUGAUUUUAAGAAUUAGUAAAAGGCAUGAACAAAGAUAUUGGAUUGAUGAAAAUCAAAACAAC